AUGGAAAGAACCAACUGGACAGACAUUGAAUUCACUUUACAGGGACUCUCUGGGUAUCCAAGGACUGAAAAAUUCCUAUUUAUGAUGUUCUUGGUGAUGUACAUGGUGAUCCUCCUGGGGAACAGCACUUUGAUCAUCCUCACUUUCCUGGAUCCCCGCCUUCACACCCCUAUGUACUUCUUUCUCAGUAACCUUUCCUUUCUUGACAUUUUGUACACAUCCUCAUUUAUCCCCUCAACAAUGAUACAUUUUCUAUCAGAGGAAAAAAACAUCUCCUUCACUAGAUGUGUUGUUCAGAUGUCUGUCUCCUUCACCAUGGCAUCCACAGAGUGUGUACUUCUAGCAGUGAUGGCAUAUGACCGUUACGUAGCCAUCUGCAUCCCUUUGAGAUACCCUAUCAUCAUGAACAAGGCACUUUGUAUUCAGAUGGCAGCUCUCUCCUGGGGAUUGGGCUUUCUCAACUCAUUGACACAAACAAUUCUUGCAGUACGAUUGCCCUUCUGUGGGAAAAAUGUCAUCAAUCAUUUUGUUUGUGAAAUAUUGGCCUUUCUCAAGCUAGCUUGCACAGAUAUUUCCUUGAAUGAGAUUACUCUAAUGUUAGGCAAUGUAAUAUUUUUGUUUGUUCCAUUACUGUUGAUUUCCAUCUCCUACAUUUUCAUCCUUUCUACUGUACUAAGAAUCAAUUCAGCUGGAGGAAGAAAAAAGGCUUUUUCCACCUGCUCAGCCCACAUUACAGUGGUGACUAUGUUUUACGGGUCAAUCCUCUUUAUGUAUAUAAAGCCAAAGUCCAAAGAUACUGCGUCUGACAAACUGAUUGCUCUGUGUUAUGGAGUAGUCACACCAAUGCUCAAUCCUAUCAUCUAUAGCCUGCGAAAUACAGAGGUGCAUGAUGCUGUGAAAAAAUUGACAGCUAGGCAGUUCUGGAAGAAAGGAUGA